AAAGUACUACCACUUCUCCCGGGGACGGAAUUCGAAAGAAAAUCACUCCUAACUUUUCAAUAUACGGUUGAAGCGCUAACGCCAAGCAGUUAUCGCGUAAUCCAGAUUAUUGAGGGCCAAAGUUAUCAUAAAAGACUCUUGGCAUCGUUGGGUUCAUUUCCCACCAUCCAGCAUGCAGACUGUUACUCUGGUCCUGUUAUGCGCUCUAUGUUACGUCAGUGCAGCAAGACACGCGUUACCUUUCCCCCCGGGCUUGUUUCGCCGCCUACAUUCGAUUGAGGACUACCCCCGUGUGGCAGAGUAUCCCCCAGUUCGGAGGAGGUUUGCGGCCUGGCUGGAGCAGUGGCGUUCAAGAAAUGAAGAGUGCGGCCGCCAAGCUAUUAAACCCUACAUGCCUCUCUUCAGGGUCGUUGGUGGCCUUGACGCCAGGCCAGGCAGUUGGCCGUGGAUGAUAUCCCUAAGGCAAGAAACGAUUGGCCAGACCUGGUGUGGCGCCACCCUGAUUGACAGGCAGUGGGUGGUCACAGCUGCACAUUGUUUUAAUGGGCCGUUCUACGACCCCGAGUCGUGGACCGUGCAACUAGGGCGGCACAACACUACCCCAGGGAUUGAGGAGAGUACGGGACAAGAGAGACGGAUCGGGAGACUUUACAAGCAUCCAGGAUUCGACGAAGGGUUCGACUUCAACAACGACAUUGCCCUCAUUAAACUGGACGAACCUGUGGACCUCACUGAGGUCAUUUCUCCCCUUUGUCUGCCAGAUGCCACCGUGGAGGUCAAGACUGGAAAGGAGUGUCUUGUUGCGGGAUGGGGACUCACGGGCAAAGCAGGUCCCCCCGGUAGUAACAUACCGCACGUCCUGCGACAAGGUAUGGUGCCACUCAUCUCCGCACCGGACUGCCGGACGUUUCCUGGAUUCGGCUCCAUCACUCCUAAUAUGAUGUGCGCAGGCUACACUGAAGGAGGUGUUGACACAUGCUUUGGAGACAGCGGCGGCCCCCUUCAGUGCCAAGUGGGGCAUAACUGGUACCUGGCAGGUGUGACUAGUCAUGGUUUUAAUGGAACCUGUGCUGAGCCAGAGAAGCCCGGUAUCUACACCAACCUCCUGAGAUACACAGACUGGAUACACUGGCACGUGUACCUGGACCCCUACUUCUAGCCGACACCUCAGCCCCUACUUCUAGCUGACACCCAGAGCCCUACUUCUUGACGACACCUUGACCCCUACCUCUAGCCGACACAUGGAGCCCUACUUCUAGCCGACACCCAGAGCCCUACUUCUUGACGACACCUGGACCCCUACUUCUAGCCGACACCCGGAUCCCUACUUCUUGACGACACCUCAGCCCCUACUUCUAGCUGACACCCAGAGCCCUACUUCUUGACGACACCUGGACCCCUACUUCUAGCCGACACAUGGAUCCCUACUUCUAGCCGACACCCAGAGCCCUACUUCUUGACGACACCUGGACCCCUACUUCUAGCCGACACCCGGAUCCCUACUUCUAGCCGACACCUCAGCCCCUACUUCUAGCUGACACCCAGAACCCUACUUCUUGACGACACCUGGACCCCUACCUCUAGCCGACACAUGGAGCCCUACUUCUAGCCGACAUCCAGAGCCCUACUUCUUGACGACACCUGGACCCCUACUUCUCGCCGACACCCGGAUCCCUACUUCUUGACGACACCUCAGCCCCUACUUCUAGCUGACACCCAGAGCCCUACUUCUUGACGACACCUGGACCCCUUCUUCUAGCCGACACAUGGAGCCCUACUUCCAGCCGACACCCAGAGCCCUACUUCUUGACGACACCUGGACCCCUACCUCUAGCCGACACAUGGAGCCCUUCUUCUAGCCGACACCACAGCCCCUACAUCUAGCCGACACCUGGACCCCUACUUCUAGCCGACACCCGGAUCCCUACUUCUUGACGACACCUCAGCCCCUACUUCUAGCUGACACCCAGAGCCCUACUUCCAGCCGACACCUGGACCCCUACUUCUAGCCGACACCUGGAGCCCUACUUCCAGCCGACACCUGGAGCCCUACUUCUAGCCGACACCUUGACCCCUUCUUCUAGCCGACACCUGGAGCCCUACUUCCAGCCGACACCUGAAGCCCUACUUCUAGCCGACACCUUGACCCCUACUUCUAGCCGACACCACAGCCCCUACAUCUAGCUGACACCCAGAGCCCUACUUCUUGACGACACCUUGACCCCUACUUCCAGCCGACACCUGGAGCCCUACUUCUAGCCGACACCUUGACCCCUACUUCUAGCCGACACCUCAGCCCCUACAUCUAGCUGACACCCAGAGCCCUACUUCUUGACGACACCUGGAUCCCUACUUCUUGACGACACCUCAGCCCCUACUUCUAGCUGACACCCAGAACCCUACUUCUUGACGACACCUGGACCCCUUCUUCUAGCCGACACGUGAAGCCCUACUUCUAGCCGACACCUGGAGCCAUUCUUCUAGCCGACAUCUGGAGCCCUUCCUCUAGCCGACACCUGGAGCCCUACUUCUAGCUGACACCGGAUCCCUACUUCUAGCCGACACCACAGCCCCUACUUGUAGCCGACACCCGGAUCCCUACUUCUAGCCGACACCCGGAGCCCUACUUCUAGCCGACACCACAGCCCCUACUUCUAACCAACACCUGGACCUCUACUUCUAGCCGACACCCGGACCCCUACUUCUAGCCGACACCCGGAUCCCUACUUCUAGCCGACACCCGGACCCCUACUUCUAGCCGACAACUAGAGGCUCUGCUUCUAGCCGACACCCGGAUCUCUACUUCUAGCCGACACCUGGACCCCUACUUCUAGACGACACAUGGACCCCUACUUCUAGCCGACACAUGGACCCCUACUUCUAGACGACACCUGGAUCUCUACUUCUAGCCGACACCUGGACCCUAAAACAAGUCGACACAUGUACCUUCACAACUAGAUUACGGACUGCUGACACACUGCAAGACACCAUACCCCACACAGCCAGAUUAGUGACGGUUGACACACUACCGUGUGAUACUGAUAGAGGUGUCUGCACCCACACACAAUAUGAAAAUGUCAGUCUGAAUGGCCACAUGACGUCUUAGUGCCCCCGACUACAUAUAUCAAAGGCAUGGCAAUGAUCAACAUGGCAGACAAAUAUAUAUCUUAACAAAUAUAUAACUAUAUCAACAUUUUAUCAGAGUUUACACCAGAACAAGGAUAGCUACACAGCGUGUCAGUCUCAAAACAUCAAAACGGUGGUUAUUAUUGCAACUGAAUACUCUAUGGUUCAAAAUACUAUGUUUACUGUGAUUUAACAAAUAGUCUCAUAGCCCCCUGUUUCAAUAAACAACAGUUUG